GACCCGGGACCUAGGCGGCGGCGCGCUCCACGUGGCGCGCUCUACGCCUCCCAGUCCCUUCGCAGCCCCGCGGUCCGCGCGCGACAGGAAGCCACGAUUGCAUCAUAUUUGCGGCAUUAAUGGAAAGGGGAAGAAGGCUCGUCAGGUUCCUCUGCUGAAGGAACUAGAGGGUGGGUGGUUGAGGUACGCGGUGAAGCAGUGAGAACGGUCGGGGCAGGAGGGGGGACAAGUUUGUGGGCGGCGCCUAGUCCAGGAGGGGGCGCGGCUACCGCGGUGCCGUCCCGCGGAGGCUGAGUCGGCCACGUCCCGACCCCCCAGGGUGAAGAAGCUACCCCAGGCUUGUCGCAUCCUCAGACAUGUCGGAGGUGAAAAGCCGGAAGAAGUCAGGGACCAAAGGAGCCCCGUCGGAGCCGGGGAAGCGCAGCGAGGGCGGGAAGAGCACCGAAGCCCGGGGCGGUGGAGGCGAGGGCUGGGUGGAUCCCCGGACCGGCGUGAGCCUGCUGUCGCUGGGGACGUGCCUGGGCCUGGCCUGGUUUGUAUUUCAUCAGUCUGAAAAGUUUGCAAAAGUGGAAAGCCAAUACCAGUUACUGAAAAUAGAAACCAACAAGUUCCAAGGACUUCAAAGUAAAAUCAGUUUAAUUUCAGAAAAGCUUGAGUCUACUGAAAGUAUCCUGCAGGAAGCGACAUCAUCCAUGUCUUUGGUGACCCAGUUUGAGCAGGAAGUAUCCAGCCUCCAAAGUAUCAUGCAUGACAUCCAAAAUAGUGAAGAAUUACUCACCCAAAAAAUGCAAAGCCUUAAUGAGAAAUUCCAGAAUGUUUCAGAUUUCUGGAAAAGAACCCUAGAAGAAAUGAAUGUUAAUACAGACAUUUUCAAAUCAGAAUCAAAACACAUACAUUCUCAAGUGACUGUCCAAAUUAACUCAGCUGAACAAGAAAUAAAAUUGCUCACUGAAAGGCUUAAAGAUUUGGAAGAUAGCACACUAAGAAAUAUUAGAACAGUAAAAAGACAAGAAGAAGAGGAUCUUCUACGAGUAGAGGAGCAGCUUGGCUCUGAUACAAAAGCAGUUGAAAAGCUUGAAGAGGAACAGCAUGCUCUCUUUGCCAGAGAUGAAGACCUGACUAAUAAACUUGCCAGCUAUGAACCCAAAGUUGAAGAAUGCAAGACACAUUUGCCAACAAUUGAGAGUGCUAUCCGCUCUGUUCUCAGAGUCUCUCAGGAUCUGAUCGGGACAGAAAAAAAAAUGGAAGACUUAACUACUCAGAUGUUUAAUAUGGAAGAUGAUAUGCUGAAAGCAGUAUCUGAAAUAAUGGAGAUGCAGAAAACCCUUGAAAGAAUUCAGUAUGAUAAUAGCAUAUUAAAGAUGCAAAAUGACCUGGAUGUUCUAAAAGGAAAAGUUCAUGAUUUUAUGGUAUAUUCAAGUACAAGAGAAAAGGGAACUUUAGAAGAAUAUAAUCUAGAAAAUAAAGGAAUUGACAGUGACUUUUAAAUGCACCACAUUUAUUCUGAUGACCAUAUGUUAUACAUAAAUUUAUUAGUUUCAUACUUCUGCAUUAUUUUGAUAUGCCUCACUUUAUCCUACAUUACUAGGCCAGUAAUAGUGACAUAUCCACACCAUGAUUACCCACAUAAUGACAGCUUAUCUGUUUAAGCGAUAAAAUUUAUUUCAUUUUAGGCAUUGUAAAUCGAAAUAUUUCCAAAAUAUAUCUCCAUCGUUUUAAAGCAAUAUACUUAACAUUUUAAAUGUUUUUCUAAUAAGUAAUGGACAUUAUUAUGAAUUUCAGCUAUUAUAUUGGAGCCAAAUAUAUUAAUACCUCUGGAAGCUAUUGAGGAGUGUUUCCCUUCUCACUAAAUGACCCUAGUUUGCUAUUUUUUUCAAAACUUACGUCUAUUUCUUAUACGUUUCUAUCACCUAAAGAUGUGACCCAUUGGCCCACUGUCACUGCCAGGUUGGUUGGUAGGUAAUGUGCCCGCCUAACCAGUUCGGCAUUUCCUUUGUACUUUACUGCAGGCUAAGAUCCAGACCACCAAGUUCAUACCACCAAGUUCAUAGGAAUUUUGUCUAAAAUGAAAAAUAACAUGACCAAAGGAAAACAUGAGGUGAUUUGCUGUGAAUCAAUAUGUACUUUUUGAAAACUGUGGAGCCUGGGAAACAUUUUUACUUUUUAUUAAGAUUCUAAAGUAUAUUGUAGAUACUUGUAAGAAUUUUUAAGGAAGAGUAAAAAUGGGUGUGCCAGACUCUUGAUCUCACAGUCAUGAGUUUGAGCCCCAUGUUGCACAUAGAGAUGACUUAAAAAUUUUUUUAAUGAAAAAAAGUAAAUAUAUUCUUAUUGAAAGUUUUACCUAUGAAUUAAGUAUGUAUGAAGUAUAGAUUUUUGGAAUAUCUUUGUAUACCUGGGCUUUUUUUUUUUUUAAGGUUCUAACUGUGUUACAGAGUCUUGAGUUUGCUAGAUACAUGAUCCCUAGAUAAAUUAUUCUACCUACAAUAUAAAAAAUACCAAUACACCUGUGGCCUCUUUUAAAGAGGAAAAAGCAGCAUAUUAAGAAAUUAUGAUAACUACGGUAAUUAAAUGUAUGUCAUUGUUUUAAAGAGUUCCCAGACUAAUUACCCAACCAAAUUUGUUUUACAUGAUGAUUUUAUUUUACUCUAAAUCAUAUAAUGGAGUCAUAAGGAAUAAGAUGUGGACAUACUGAGAUGUGAUUAAGGGAUGAUCUAGUCAGAUUUUUCUAAUAAUGAUAAUUGGAAAUGUGCAGAGUUGGGGAAGCAAAUAAGACUUUUAUUGGUAACUGAUGUAUCAAGAGUGUCUAAAUGUGGUGUUGAAAAUUGUGUCAACUGCAUAUGGAAGUACUGUUCCUACUUUUGUCUGCAUGCCAGUAAUCCCAGUUUAAUAAUGUAGUGUCAAUGUAAUUAAGCACUUUCAAGAACUUGAAAGCAGUCAGUUGAGGUCAGGUAGUUUUAUUAUGUACAUUUGCACAUUUAUGGACAAAUUCCAAACAAGUUCUACUUUGGGGUUAGGAGGGCCUAUGGUAGACAGCCAUGGGUCAUAAAAAUAAGCUUGAAAGAAUGCUACUAUUAAAGAGCAUAUCAUUAAUAUCUGGAAUCUUAACAUUAAAUUCCUUGAUAUCUGAGUGUGUAAGUUCCUCUCUGUGUGCACUGACAGAAUUGUACUUGUCUGCCUUUAUUUUAAUGCUAAUAAAAUAGAUUCUAAAAUUCA